UUCUGAAAACGAAGCGUUUUGUGAAUCGAGCAGCAUUUUCGGAUGAAGACAUAAAUUAUUUUUUGUGUGCUAUUGUUCGUUUGUCGGAAAUAGUUUAAUUGUCUAAUAAUUUGUUUAACAAUUGAAUUAAUUGUUAAUUAUUAUUAUCAAACAACAUUUUUAAAAGACUACACCGAAGAAAGCUUAUAAAUUUGCUCCACCUUAGCAUCGUUUUUGUUCUAUUCCUGUGUAAAUACUUGGUAUUUCAAUAAUGGAAGGAGGAGGUGUGUUGACCGCGGAACGUAGUCCUGCCCGCGCUAAUUUACACGUUGCUUUUACUGAGAAAGGGGAAGUAAAAGAACGUCGAGAAAAAUUUCUCACAGCAAAGUAUGGUUCUCAUCAAAUGUCUCUUAUUAGAAAGAGGUUGGCUGUUGAAAUGUGGUUAUUUGAUGAGCUUCAAAAGCUUUAUGAAACUGUGAAUGAUACGGGAAAAAGUCGAGAAGUUGAAGUUGAUAUUGAUGAAUUGCUUGAUAUGGAUAGUGAUGAUCACAGACGAAGUUUUUUGCAAGAACUUCUUGUUGAUGCAAAGAAACCACCUCAUGAUGUUAAAAAAUUCAUCAAUGAUUUACUGGAAAAAGCAAAGACUCUGUGAGCAGUUAAUAUUGACUAUGGGGUGUAUAUCUUUAUAACGAAUUUCAAAAUUGAUGCAUGUUUCAAAUGCCAAGGCCUUUCAAUAACGAGUUUCGGGUUUCUGCUUCAAAAAAAAGAAAAAAAAAACAGCGAACAAAUGUUAAUCAACAUUUUGAAAAAAUCUUCUGGAAGUCAGUAAUCCUUAAUCGCGCCGAAAUAUGAAUAUCAGUAUGUAUAAUUUUGACAAAGUUUUAUUCGAGUACGAAUUGUUUCAUAUUGAAAACAAAGGUCAGUACUUGUGGUGAACCAUCGAAAUAUUUUAGUGAAUGAUUUUUAGAUAAUAUAAUUUUUGUGCGCAUCGCACAAUAUAUACACCGCAGCUACUAGAAUACAAAAAACUGCCUAAUCACUGAAUUUUAAAGUGAAUUUUUAGAAUAUAUUAGUCGAUUGUCAUUGUUAGAAAACAAAUUAAGGCCAGUAACCCCAAGCAGAAGGUUUUGUUUUCACCUUGAAAAAAAAGGUUCGCCUUUCGUUUUAUAAUAUAACAUUAACGACAAAUGAAUGUGUGCGGUUGAGAUUUAAAUACUAUAAUUAUUCUCGCGACACAGACUUGCCAAUUCGUUAUAAUAGAAGGUACAAAGUCAUGACGAACAAAAGGAGUCUUAAUUCGUACUCUUUAUCAUAUAUAGUAUAUAUUAAGUGUUCUCAUAGGUACAUAUGUUAACGAAUCAAAACUAGUUUUGACAGUAAAGUUUUAAGUAGUGGCACUUAAGUUUUUAUUCAUUCACAAAGACAGUCGUUCUACUUUUUUUUUUUAUUUAUAUAUAUGAACACCGUCUCACCGAAUAUUAGUUACUUCCAAUGUUUUAGAUAAUUCAGUGCGAAUGAAGUGCCAAAUAGCUGAUAUUUAUCGUGUGCAACAAAACACCAGAAUUUUACACUGUCUCAUCAAAAAAAAAAAAAAAUUUGCAUUAGAUUCUUAGAAUUUCAUCGUAUAUAUCAUUUUCAUAUCAUUCAAGUGAAUUUAUAUAUAUGGUGUUAAAAAAAAAAUUAUCGCAUUCCCGAAGAAAAGAUCUCAAAGGUUUUUGGUACUUAAAAAAAUUACAAAUAUUGGUACUUAAAAAUCAACCGUAAAUGGAAAGUAAUUUUAAUAAUUUUUCAUGAAACAUAAGACUUUUUCAAACCGUCCGAUUUUUAAAUCGAUAUUCAUCAUGUUCAUAACGGUUUUCUUUCUUUCAUCAUUAUAAAAAUUAAGUUGUGAUAGCAUUUUUUAAAUUCUCUGAUAUUGUGUAAAGCCUUUGUAGAUCUUUAUUUUCUAGAUGAAGUCAUUCCUGAAAUUAUAAUCACAUAUCUUAAUUACAGCACACCAUAUCUGGCUCUUGAAAAAAAAGAAAAGAAAAUAGGCUCGUUAUAUUUUCGAUAGCUAAGGAAAUUUCUGAAUUUGAAAUUUCUGGUGCUGUUCCUAAUUUUUUAUUAGGAACACAGCUAAAUCAAGUGCUCGAAUAUCUUAUUGUUGAUAGUUUUCAUUAGUUUAUUACUGAUUGAAUGUUUUUAAAAAUUCUAUUUAAGCCCCUAUUGUUAGUUGCGACUUUUAGGAGACAGUUUCUUAUAUUAUAUAAUGAUCUCUAUAAGAGAAAAAUUUUUUAUGGGAAAUGAUCCUGUUUGAACCCAGUAGUGACCUAGUUCAUUUCUUUCUUCGUCUAUUAGGUAAGAAAAUUAUUAAUCUCGAAUCAAGCGUGAGCUUUAGGCGAAAUUUUUUAAUUUAAUAACAGCUUUGCAUUAUAGAAACGCACUAAAUACGUUCGUUGUCAUUAUAGAUAUCUGUGUGUGUGUGUGUCUUUUCUUUUUUUUCCUGUGAAUUUUAUAUAUCUCUUGAAUUAGAAAAAUUAUAUAAAUUCAUGUAAUGAAUCAAAAUGUCGUUAAAAUUUGCAUAGCUUAUCCAAAGUAACAUUUAAUUGUUAAAUUAAAUCAAAGUGUUACGCUAAAUUAUUUAUAGUCAUCUUAAAUUACAAAGUUUAAAGACUUUGUAAUCUGUUUUAAAACUUUAAGAGACUUUUAGUGUGAAAAAAAAGUUUUUAAAAAACACUGGAACAAUCCAAAGAUCAUUUUAUAUUUUAGAGAAAUCCAAACACGCUUCCUUUUUUUAUAAGAUGUAUUUUUAUUUGAUUUGCAUGAUCUCGUGCAUUUUUUUUAUUGCAUUUAUUAUACAUAAAUAUGUUAGGUAUAGGAAAUUGACAAAAUUUUUUUUUUUGAAAUUCAUGGAUAAAGAUCUAACAAUUAGAUUAAAAAUUGUCAUCACAAUAUGGUGCUGUUUUCUUUGUCAUUUUCCUAUUUCAACGACUGUGCAUUUGUAAUAUUUAUAACUUAAAUUAUGUUUGGGCAUUAUAAUAUGUACACUUUUAGAUGAUAGAAUUUUUAAAUAAUAAUGAACAAGAAUUUACCCAAUUCUCUUAUAAAACAAGACUUUUGCAUUGAAAUUAUUUAUUUUAAUUAAUUUCAAAUUGUAAAUGUCAAUUUUUCAAUUGUGGUAAUAUUCUUUGCUGCGUUCUUCGAUUUUUAACAUAAUUUUAAAUGAAAAGAAUUUUUUUCUUAAUUUUAGAAAAUUGUGUAGAAAUACAAAAUCUAUGCAAAUACUUAAAAAAAACAAUCGAUAUUUACAAGCUGUAUAUUUUGUUUGGAAAAUAUUUUCAUACCGUUGUAUACACAGCUUUUUAAGAUAAGUGACACGUUAACUGCCAUUUUUUAAAAAAGGAAUCCCAAAAUUUUUAUAAUCACUAAAUUCGUUUGUAUUUUUACUAUUAUACUAUUUAGAUUAUUGAUUCGAUUUCAAUUAUAUAUUAUUAACUUCUACUGAUAUAAUUAUACUUUUACAUGACAUUUUAAUCAUAAAAAAAUAGUAAGAUGAAAGACGUAAAAAUAAAACAUUUGAUAUUAACACAUGGAACUGCUCAAUUAUACAUUAAGAAAAAAAAAAAAAAGAUAUAGAAAUAAGAAAUAAUUUUUGGCAGUUAACGUGUGUUAAUCUCAUAUUAAUAUUUAAUCGUUGCUCAAACAAUAAACGGAGAUGAAAUAAAAUUAGUUAUUUGUGAAUUUAUAAAACUGAAAUUGUCAUCGUAUUUCUGUAUGUCUACAACAAUAUUUUUUAAUUAAGCUCAGGGAAAUUUAGCCUAAUGUACUUUUUUUUCUUUAAGACAAGAAAAAAAAUUAUUUUAGGCAGAUUAUUUUCCGCUUCUAUUUAUGUAACUACUUCCGAUUAUUUACAUUUUUUCAUAAAAAAAAAAUCAUCGCCUAGCACCUUUAUAUCUUUGAAAAUUAUGGGAAAAAGAGCACACAAGUUUUAGCUUCAUUUAUACACUCAUGCCUUAAAAAUAUCGCAUACAUAUAUAUAUAUAUAUAUAUAUAUUAUAUAAUCGAAAAAUAGUGAGUUCAAAAAAGUGAAUGACUGCAAUACUUUUGAAUUUUUCAAAAAUUCGUAUAUAAUAUUUCCAAAUCGACGAGGAUUGAUGAUUUUGUUUCUCGAGCAAAUAUAAAUGUAUUUCGCACAAAAAAGCUCGACUUCCCUCGUUGAUUUUCUAAGAUUUACAACUAUUAUUGUGCUGUGAUAUAAAAAAAAUCCGAUUCUUUGGCGAUUACUUUGUGAGUUAAUGGAAAAAUCUAAAGUAUUGCAAUAAAAAAAUAAUAAUAUUAAUAAGUGUACUAAAAAUUGAUAAAAGCGUAGAAUGUAAAGUAAAAAAAAAAAACAAAAAAACAUUGCAAUAUUUACUUUAAUAGGCAGUGGUGAACAUGUCGUAUUUUCUGAUUUUUAUACAUGUGUGUAUGCCUGUGAAACAUAUUUAAAAAAAAAAUUUCGAAUGAAUAGUACGGAUAUAUCACGGUAACAAAGUCCAUUUUUUUUAUUUCUUGAAUGCAAGAACAAAAGUUGCUCUUAUUUUCACAAUUUUAUUGAACUGAACUCUAUAUUCAGGUGUAUAAUCCAUCAACGAAAAAUUUUAUUUACAUUUUAUGCAAAAUUAAUAGUUGCAAUAUACAUAUACAAAUAAACAAAAGAAUCUGAA